AUGAAUCCUCCUAUAUUCACAGGGGCUAAGACUUCAGAGGAUCCUGAGGAGUUUAUAGACGAGGUGCAUAAGAUCCUGGUGGCCAUGGGGACCAUUGAUAUUGAGAAGGCUGAGCUGGCUUCCUACAAACUCAAGGAUGUUGCACAGACUUGCAGAGACGAGAUGAGUAUAUUGUUGACAGGAAUUGCUGAGGAUCUCGACGAGGAAUGUAGGGAAGCUAUGCUGCAUGACAUCAUGGUUUCCAGGCUUAUGGUCCAUGUCCAUCAAGUGGAGGAAAACCGAAAGAGGAAACACACUAGGGUAGGGAACAAGUCAAGGCAAGCUGAGGAGAAUUUUUCAGGGAAGAGUAGUACUGAAAUCAGGGAUAAGCCCAGGUUUAAGAAGGGACUCUUUCACCAAGGGGAGUCAAGUUCAUCCAAGGGUCUCCAUAAUAGGAAUUCUGAGUCCAGAGUUAAGAGAAACAAUGAAGUAGAUACACCUCAAGAGAGACCACCUUGCAGAAAGUGUGGCAAACUACAUGGAGGAGAGUGUAUGAGGGGCACUAAUGCUUUCUAUAGUUGUGGAAAACCGGGUAACAUGGUGAAGGAUUGUUUGAUUAGGAGAAGUCAAGAACAAGGGAAGGACAGAUAUGAGGUUAGACUUCCUACUCGUAAGGCUUUAGUUCCUUAUCUCUUCGUAUUUGUUUCUAUUGGCUAA